GGUAAAAUAAAAUAUUGACGGCUACUAAACCAUAAAAUUUAUCAUGAUAUUUAAGAAAGUAUUAUGGUUUUAUAUUUAUAUACAAAGUAUUUGUGCUACGGUGCCAGCUUGGGAACUUAUUGAAAAAGCGAACACUAACGCUGUUAUUACCAACGACUCUAAUAACUCAGAAGGAGGUCACUGGAAGAUUGUCAAGUUGUUGACAAGGAAAAGAGGAAGAUUAUUUGAAUUUGACAUCAAGCUAAAUCCACUUAAAUUAACUAACUCAAAUAAAAAUCAAUUUGAUGCAGCUAUUAGUUAUAAGGAGAGGUUAUGGCCUGGUGCUAUUAUCCCCUACACAUUUGGUGAAACUUUAGCUCAUAUAGAAUCAGCACAAAGAACUAUUCAGCAAGCAAUAGCAGAAUGGGAAAAGGCAACAUGCAUAAGGUUUAUUAAAAAAACAAAUGAAGAGGAUUUUGUUGAAUUUGCAGUUGGAAUUGGGUGUAAUUCAGAUGUUGGAAAAAUAGGAGGCAAGCAAAUUGUAUCUCUUGGAGAAGGAUGCAUGUUUAAGAGUGUUGUAAUGCAUGAAAUAGGUCAUGUCAUCGGAUUCUGGCAUGAACAAAAUCGACCAGAUCGUGAUGAUUAUGUAGUUAUAAAAACUGAAAAUAUAAAAGAAGGAAUGUACAAAGAUGCAUUUGUUAAGUUUUCUCAUCAGAUUAAUUCAUUAAAAGUGGAGUAUGAUUACUAUAGCAUAAUGCAUUAUGGAAUGAAAGCUUUUUCAAAAAACAAUCUUCCAACAAUAUUGCCAAAGAAAAAGAAUGUUUUUGUUCUUGGAAAUGAUCGCCUUAGCCAACUUGAUAUAAUACAAGCUUCACUCCUUUAUAAAUGUGAAGAAGGAGCAAAUAUAACAUGGACCUCAUGGUCUUUUUGGUCUAACUGUGAUAAAUCAUGUGGUGGCGGAACACAGGAAAGAAAUAGGGUUUGUAAAAAGUUAAACAAUGGUAAGCAGCAAUGCACUGGUUCCAGGAUUGAAAAAAGAACAUGUAACCUGCAUGUGUGUCCAAAUUGGUCAAUUUUCCCAGAUGAAUUUUCGUUUGGGCAUUUAAGGAUAAGAAGUAGUAAAAUGUUUGACUGUGCCAUUGUAUAUGAGAGAGCUGAUUAUAAAGCAUGGAGCACUUAUUCAUUCUGCAAUGAAGGUCUCCGUAGUGUAGAUAUGAGAUGGUCAGAUCAAGGUCCUAUAAAUGGAAUGAAGUGUACACAAAUCAUGGAACCUAAAGAACCACUGCAGAAUCGUUGGCAUGACAAUUUUAUAUGUAUACCCAGUCAUUCUCCUUAUAAUUUUAUAUGGUCACAUGAAGGACCUAUAAAAAAUCUCCCCUGUUUGCAGUGGUUUGCCAAAGAUGGAAAAGAUGGUUGGGAUAAUAACUUUCUAUGUGAAAAGAAUAAUCUAGAAAUUACAACAAACCUUCAAGUUAACGGUGCUUGGAGUAGUUGGAGUGCUUGGUCCAUGUGUAACCAAACUUGUGGAUUAGGGUUUAAACAAAGGAUUCGGUUGUGCAAUAAUCCUACCCCUGAGUUUUCAGGUUUACCUUGCGAAGGUAAAGCAUACGAAGAUCAAAAGUGUGACAAUCUGGUCUGCGCUUGCGAUCGUAUUCUUGCUGAAUCUAUAGGUACAUUUAAUUCUCCUGGUUAUCCUUCUAACUAUCCAAACUUUACAAACUGUACAUGGAUUAUUGAAGGAAUGAAAGGAAAACAAAUUGUUCUAACAGUAGUGUCUAUGGAUAUUGAAAGUUAUUUUGAUGAAAGCUGUAGUUUUGAUUAUCUUGAAAUUCGAGAUAAUGGUCCAGAAGGAAAAAUUCAUGGAGUUUUUUGUGGCAAUGAAAUUCCUCAUCCUAUUACUUCCACUGCUUCAAAGUUAUGGAUAAGAAUGAUAUCAGAUAAAGAAAUAACUAGAUCAGGGUUUAAUGCUACCUAUGAAUUGCAAAAGUAUGAAUAUUUAGACUGUGGCAAUUUAAUGAAAGGUCUUCAAGGAAUGAUAACAUCUCCAAAUUUCCCAAGACCAUAUCCAUCAAAUAUAAAAUGCAUUUGGAAAAUUGAAGUACCUGAAAACUACUAUAUUAAAAUGAAGUUUAUUCGCUUAGAUCUUGAAUAUGAUUCUUCUUGCAAACUAGAUUAUUUGGAAUUAAAUGAUGGUUGGGAGGAAAAUUUUAAUAAACUACCUGAAAACCAGUUAGGUUUAUUGUGUGGAUAUGAUCCAAUUAAAGGUGCAUUGAUGACUAGAUCAAACAAAGCAUUGAUUACAUUUGUAUCAAGUUCUUCAGUUGAGAAAAGUGGCUUUAAGUUGUCAUGGAGAGCAUACAAAAAUAAUCAACUGCUUCCGUCAAUGUUUCAAAAAUCUGCUGUAUCAAAAGGCUGUCCUUUUAGUUGGUCAUAUUUCAUAAAUGACAAAGACGGUGCUUGUUAUAAGUUGUUUUACGUUUAUUUAAACUGGCACGAUGCUCAAAAAGCUUGUGCAUCAAAUAUGGCUGAUUUAGUUAGUGUAACCAAUAAUGAAGAGCAUAAUUUUUUAAUGACAAAGUUGCUUAAUCGAGAUUUUGUUUGGUUGGGCAUGACAGAUGCAAAACAUGAAGGAAAUUGGACUUGGAACGACAAUUCAGCUGCGACAUUUACGAAUUGGGAUUCUGACGAACCAAACGAUGGGGGUUAUUUAAAGAAUGAAGAUUGUUCUCUGAUGAAACCUAACGGAAAAUGGAACGACUAUCCUUGUUCUGAUCAUUUUAACUACGUUUGUAAAAGAAAACAAAACCUUUAAAGAAAAAGUAAAAUCAAAGAAUUUUGCGCGAUUCGAAGAUAUAGAUGAGUUUUUAUAAGUAACAAGUCUCAAACACAUAAAUAAUGCAUUAAAAAACACUAUUGUGACAUUGUAAAUACAGCUAGUAAAUGCAAAUAUACGAAAAUAGUUAGUUUGAUGGGGGUGGGGGCAUGAAUUAAUAACAAAGAACAUCGGCUUGAUAUUAAAUUAUUUUUAAAACUAAACAUAAACUGCGAUUGAAGGUGAAAUUUAUUUAUACUGAUAAUAGAUUUUUUUUGUUUUGUUUAUUUUUAUGUUUUUAUUUUACUU